GACAAAUAUCUCCACAUCAACAGCCUUGCAGCCUUGGCCAACAUGUCCCCAAAGAUCGUCAGUCUCCAUCCCUACGUCAGUCAGGCGUUGGUGGGGCUUUUGCAGCGGCUUGUGAAAAGGCAUAAACGUCUGGUCAAUGAACUGCGUAAUCAUAACGGAGAACAGAACGAGGAACAUCAGGAACCCUCUCCAGCGGACUCCACAGUGGUGGACGCAUCCUCUCCUGUGCCCUCUGUUAAGGUCAACAUGGCACCCUCCACAAAUGCCUUGGCCAUCGACUUGUCACUUUUGGAGGAAGUGAUCAGGAUGGCCCUGGAGAUCUUUAAUGCCAUUCUUACCCACUCUCUGACGUCGAACACUCACCUCAUCUACGCACUGCUCUACCAGCGCGAAUACCUGACCCCUUUGCACAGUCACCCCGCUUUCCAGGUGAGUGCACCAACCUCCCCCCUUUCCUCUCAUCUCUUUUAUCCGCCUGACUUCAGGCGUAACCCAGCAUCGGACUCCACAUGA